AUGGCGGCGGCGAAGGAAGAAAUUUUAGUUUUCACUUUCAUUAAGUUCGAAUCAUUCCCCCGCUCGUUCCAGGCGAGCCUCCUGCUGGUGGUGUGUUUGGGCGUGGCGGCGCGGGCGGCGUCUCCGCCCGAGAGUCCUGCCCCGGCAGCUCUCCUGGACACGGCUCUCCAACAGGAAGAAACGCAGGUCUUCCCGCAACCUCCAGGCCACCUGUCUGACUCCCUCCAGCAGAGAGCCGCCCCCCAGAUCCCUAUCUAUGGGGAUUCAGAAGUCGACCUCGAGGGCGAAGGACCAGGCUUCGCCGCUCAAGGCGGUGUAGCCAGGCAGUACAGCAGCGCUGACGCGGCGGCGGAACAGAGUCGAUUCCAGGAGCAGCCCUUCCGCCAGGGCUCCUUUUCCCAGGCGCGCAGGUAUGGCCAGACCUCCGUCCGCCUGGAGGCCCUGCAGAGCCAGAGGGAGAGGCAGAACCAAGCGGCUGCGUCACUCCAGACCCAGAGGUCACAGAGCAGGUACUCGGGGUCCUUCCCCGCGAGCAGCUUCCAAGAUGAAGAUUCCAGGGACUCUGGCGAGGGAGUGAGGCCAAGCCCCCAGGGGUCGAGUGUGUCCAGGGGCAGCCAGAAGUACAAGGCAGCCGACGGAGACCUGGAAUCAAUGCGAAUUGCGAAGCAGGAAAUGGGCAGCUACCACUACUCUUACGACAUCCACUCCGAGGACACUGGCGACAUGAAAUACCACAAAGAGAGCAGGGAUGGCGACAGGGUGACAGGAGAAUACCGGGUGAGGGAGCCGGAUGGCUCAAUGAGGAUCGUCAGGUACACUGCUGACAAGGACAACGGUUUCCAAGCUACGGUGGAGUAUAUGCCAAACGAAUCUAAAGAGGAACCAGAAUUUGGCAUGAAGAUGUCCGCAAAGCAUUCCAGAACUCAACAGCCUCGAGUAAGGAUCCAGAACAGGAGGCCUCUGGUGGGCCCUCCAGAUAGUCAACCAGAUGGGUUCAAUAGUAAUUUCCGAGGGUCAGAUAGUUCUCUACAAGUACAGGGUGAGGCUCUAGAAGGCAGAUAUAGUGGUGUGAACAAUGGAGGAGAGAUUGGUGUACCUUCAGCUGAAAGAGAUUUGUCUGUGUUUGUUUCCUCCCAGGAUUCUCAGCUUGAUUCAAGUCAACAGGAGUUCCAGUCUCAGAAUACAGGUUAUAGUGAUAUUGCACAAGCAUCUCAGCAGCAGUAUCUUACUGGUCAGGAGAAUGAACAAAACCAGAGACAAGUUCAGCUACAGUCUCAGUUACAAACUCGGUUCAGGAAUCACUUCAAGGGCUCAAAAGAUAGCUCAUUGCAAAAUGAAAGUAGAAUUCAGGAAAAUGCUCAUGCAGGGGAGCAGUUCCAGCAAGUAUCAGAAAAUCAAAGCCAUUCAUUGAAUCAGAAUCAGCUACAGACCCAAGUAGCCACUGGAUUCCAGAAUCAAGAAAUUAGAGACUUCCAGAACCAAGACGUUAGAAACUUCCAAAAUCAAGAAGUUAGAGGCUACCAAAAUCAAGAAGUUGGAGGCUUCCAAAAUCAAGAAGUUAGAGGCUUCCAAAAUCAAGAAGUUAGAGGCUUCCAGAACCAACACACCAACCAGUACCUGAACAAAUAUAGAAAUCGUUUCCAGCAUCAAGAAACAGACAGUUUCCGAAAGAACGCGCCAUUAGAGAGACACCAAACCAGUGGUCUCCAAACUCAGAAAUUCAGUCAAUCCCAAAACCAAGAUUCCACUAAUUUCCAAAACCAAGAUACUGCACAGUUUGAGAACCAAGACUCAAUUACAUUCCAGAAUCAAGAUUCCGUUCAGUUCCAGAAUCAAGAUUCUACGCAGUUCCAGAAUCAAGAUGCUACUGAGUUCCAGAACCAGGAUUCUAGUCAGUCCCAGACCCAAGGAUUUACCCAAUUCCGGAACAAACAAUCUUCUCAGUUUCAGAAUCAAGAUUCUAUCCAAUUCUUGAACCAAGGUUCAGCUGCGUUCCAGAAUACGAAAUCUACUCAGUUAUCAAACCCCGAUUCCACACAAUUUCCAAACCAAGGUUCUGGUCAGUUUCUAAGCCAGGAUUCCAAACAAUUCCAGAAUGAGGAUUCUACUGAAUUCCACAACCAAAAUAUUAAUCCUUUUGAAGACCAGGAGUAUAAUCAGUUCCAGAAUCAGCAGUCCACCCGAUUCCAGAACCAGGACUCCAGCCAAUUCCAGAACCAGGAAUCCACCCAGUUCCAGACUCAGGGAUCUCCUCACUUCCAGAACCAGGAAUCUACUCAAUUCCAAAACCAGGAGUCCCCCCAGAUUCAGAAUCAAGGUUCUUCCCGCUUCCAAAAUCAGGAUUCUAUCCAAUUCGAGAACCGAGAGUCUGCCCAGUUCCAGAAUCAGGGUUCUCAUCCCUUCCAGAACCAAGGUGGUAGAAAUUUCCAGAAUCAAGGCUCUACUAAGUUCCAGAAUCAAAACUUUGGGCAGUUCCAGAACCAAGGAUCUGAUAAUUUCCGAAACCAAGAUUCUAAUCAGUUCCAAGAGCAAGAGUCUGCACUAUUCCGGGACCAAGAUUCCAAUCAAUUCCAAAAGCAAGAGUCAGCUCAAUUCCAGAACCAAGAUUCCACAGAAUUUGAAACUGGAAACAACAAUCAAAUCCAAAUGCAGAAUGGGCAUCAACUUACAGGUGUAUUUCAGGAGCGGGAAACACUGCAAAACCAAGGUGUAGGCCAGUUCCAGAACCAAGAUACCAAUCAGCCCCCAAAUCAGAAUCAGAAUCCUAAUCAGUUCCAAGACCAAAGAGCAGACGGAUUUCAGAGUGAAGAUUCUAAUCAGUUCCAGAACCAAGAUACUGUUCCAUUCCAGAACCAGGGUAGGGUUCGCAUUCAAAGUCCAAGUACCAGAAGAUUCCCAGUGCAUGGCAUUAGACGCUUCCCGUUUAGAUACAGGAAUCGUUUUAAUCAGCAACCCACAAAUUCAUUCCAGGCACAGAAAAAUAGACCCCAGUUACAAGAAAGGGACCAGUUAGAUGAAGACCACCUCUCAGGGAAAAUAAGCGACAGUUCAGCAAGCUGGGAUAAUGAACAAUAUUCAAAUGAGGCAGAAAGUCAAUCCCAAGAGACAAAUUCCCAAUCUCCUCGAUAUAAUAGACGACAGUUUGCUAUAUCUCUGAGGAAUAGAUUUUUCAAUCAAAAUGGCGAUUCGCCCUCUGACAUAUCACUAAGAGGAGAGAACACGCAGGAACAAGGUGAUUCUAUUCAGCCCCAGUUGAGGAAUGUUGUACGACCAAGAAUAAGAUUUGGGGCACAGAAAGAGAAUCUUGGCCAAAGGCAAAGGCAAUUCCAAAUCAACCAACUUGACUCGCAGGAUAACAGCCAAUCCCAGGCUCAAUUUGGAACAGGUCAGCCAUACUCUGAAAAUCGAUUUGAAAGCCUGAACAAUGACCAGCUCCUGGAACAAGAGACUGACCAAGCGCCAGAGGGUUACUUCCAACAGUUCCAGCAACAGCUCCAGACACAGAGACGAAGCCGUUUCGGUAACCAAGGAAACUCUGAUGAAUCAACAAACCAAGACGUAGAACAGUUUGAUGACCAGCUUCAGCAUAGAAUUAACAGUCAGCGUAAGACUCUUCGCAAAAGAAUCUUCAACCGACCAUAUUUCUCUAGGGAUUCAACUAGGCAACGUGUCUGGACAAAUUCCCCGACUGAGAACAUAAAUCAGUUUGGAAGGCCAAGAUUUGCUCCCUCCAGGCCAAAUAACCAAAGAGUACCUGAAGGUCUUCCUAGUUCUCUUGCAGCAAGAGAAGAUUCUGUUCAGUUGCAGAAUUUCAGGGAAGACCCCGUACCUUUCAGCCAAAGGAACAUUCGUUACGGUGGUAUUGCAGGAAGGGUCCCUCGCCCAGGCAAACAGUCACGCCAAAAUGCUCCAGAUGAUCUCACACUCGCCACUGAAACCCAACAAGAAUCAAACUACCAGGAAGCCAGUCAGUAUAUCGCCUCACAAAGAAAUGACGAAACACCUGGUCAGUUCCACGACACAGAGUCCGACAGCCAGGCUGCCUCCCCACUGGCUCCCGGCUUUUCCUUCAGCAACCAGCAGACACAAGCCCCCUUUGAGAGCCGCGACAGUGCCGAUCGCCUCGAGGGUCAUCGUCCCGAGGGUCACAGCCCCGCCCAGCAGAUAAAGGGGUCACUCCAGCUUUAUCAGACCCAAAGUGAAAGGCCUUUCAUCCCAAGUGGACCCGCGUCCUCCCAGCAGGGGUCUGCAGGACAUGACAGCCAGACCCCAAGAAUACCAGGAUUUGUAAGACCAUCUUCACAGCAGGCGUAGUCGGGAAAUCAUUUCUGUUUUAGCCAAAUUAGGUAGUUCAUGUAAUAUAUCAAGCUAUAC